CCCACCCCCGAUGGAGAAGAUGAGCUGGCUGAGCAAGCUGAACCCCCGAGUGGCGGGGCACAGGGCCAGCCGUGGGGCGAGCCUGCAGAGCCCCGUGAUGGCAGACCCCGAGACCUGCCUCAUGGUUUUCAAGAACCACUGGGCCCAGGUGCUAAGGAUCCUGGAGCAGCGGGGGCCGCGUGUGGCCCAGGGGGCUGCAGACGACCUCAGCGCCGUGCGGAACAACACCUACCAGAUGCUGACCCUGCUGGCGGAGGAGCGCCCUCGGGCAGGGGCGGCCGUGGGGCCCAUCCUGGAGUUCGUGGGGGCGGAGGGGGUGCUGGAGCGCCUGCUGGGCUGGCACCUGCAGCGGGAGCUCCCCGAGGAGCGCAAGGUGGAGCUGCUGAAGCUGUUCGAGAUGCUCAUCAGCCAGUCCCCACAGCCCCUGCUGCAGCACCAGCCCGUGCGGGGCCCGUUGCUGCGCCUGCUGGGCCUGUGCGCCGGGCCUGCCUCCCCGCUGCUGGAGAGCAGCCUGGUGCUCCUGCUGAACCAGCUGUGCGUCUCGGUGGCCCGGGAGCCCCCCCUGCUGGAGCUCUUCUUCCACCGCCCCUCCCCCGAGCAGGGCCCCGCCAGCCUCCUCCUCUUCUCCCUCCUGGUCCCCUUCAUCCACCACGAGGGGCUGGUCGGCCAGCAGGCCCGUGACGCCCUCCUCCUCCUCAUGGCCAUGUCUGCUGGCAGCCGCACCGUGGCCCAGUACAUCACCGACAACUCCUACUUCUGCCCGGUCCUGGCCACGGGUCUGAGCGCCCUCUACUCCUCUCUGCCCCGCAAGCUCGAGGUCCGGGGGGAUGACUGGCACUUCCUGCGGCGCGAGGACUGGAUUGGGGUCCCGUCCCUGGUCCUCUUCAUGAACUCGCUGGAAUUCUGCAACGCCGUCAUCCAGGUGGCCCACCCCCUGGUGCAGAAGCAGCUGGUGGAUUACAUCCACAACGGGUUUCUGGUGCCCGUCAUGGGCCCUGCCUUGCACAAGACCUCCAUUGAGGAGAUGAUUGCCAGCACCGCCUACCUGGACCUCUUCCUGCGCAGCGUCACGGAAGCGGCCCUGCUGAAGACCUUCCUGCGCUUCCUGCUGCUCCACUGCCACGACAGCAGCACCAUCCUCGACACCCUGGUGGGGCGCAUCACCAGCAACUCCCGGCUCUGCAUGGUGUCCCUCAGCCUCUUCCGGACGCUGCUGAGCCUGCACUGCGAAGACGUCCUGCUGCAGGUGGUGCUCAGGUACCUGAUCCCCUGCAGCCACGUCAUGUUGAGCCAGAAACGGGCGGUGAAGGAGCCGGACCUUUACGGCAAAGCGGCCAGCAAGUUCCUCUCGCUGAUCCCCCGCUGCUGCCGCCCGGAGAACCUGCCCCCGCUGGAGCACGAGGAGGAGCACGCCGCCUGGUCCAAGGGCCACGGCAGCCCCAGUGUGGAUUCCUCUUCGGUGGUGACGGUCCCCAAGCCCUCCACCCCCUCCCGGAUCUCCUUCUUCAUGCGCCAGGCCAGCUUGAGCACGGAGGCCUCUGGCCCCACCCCCCGCUCCCCCGGGACCCCCACCGGGAGCCCCGGCCACCUUCCCGGCCGCUGGGAGGAAGUCUCGGAGCUAGAUGGGAACUACCUGGAAUACCUGCGGGACGCCCGCCUGAACAUCGACCGCUGUGUCUGGGCCUGCCGGGCGUGGUCCGCCCCUUACGACGGGGAGGUGCCCAGCGCCAGCAGCGUGGCUCCGCCCCAGGGUGCCUCCCUGCCCAUCAACAGCGACCACUUCGGCUACACUUCCUUCCACCCCGGGGGGCACCCCGGCCACGCGCCUGCCUCUCCUCGGACUAAAAAGCGGGGCCUGCCGGAGGAGGGGGCCGGCCAGGAGGGGGCCCCCGUGGGCGCCCAGGCCAGCCCCCCCACCUCCCCUGGCCCCAAGGACUCUGGUGGCUUGCUCAACGGGGCCCACGCAGACGCCGGCAUCAAGAAGGUGCGCCGGUGCCCGCAAGGGGCCGUGGUGGAGAACGGCUCCGGCCCCCAGCCCCUGCCCCCCUGGGAACCAGCUCCCUGCCUGGACUCGCUCUUGGACGAACUGCUGUCCCAGGCCCCCAUGGAGAACGGCGGCGGCGGCACCUCCUCCACCCUUGAGAGGUUCACCGCUGAGCUCAGCCAGCUGGAGGAGGAGAUGGAGGGCAGGGGCCGAGGGGAGGAGCCGUCGACCCGUGGCCCCCCGCCCGAGCCUGACCCCCUGUCCCACGAGGAGGAGGAGGCCUUCCGCAGCUUUUCCUCCCAUCCGGACAGUGCAGGGCAGCCCCGGCCAGCCGACCCCCUGGCCCAAAUCAUCAGCAGCCCCCCGCGGACCCCCAGCCAGCCCCUCAGCCAGCCUUUCACAGGGCCCUUUGUGGCAGUACUCUUUGCCAAGCUGGAGAACAUGCUGCAGAACUCCCUCUACGUCAACUUCCUGCUGACGGGGCUCAUCUCCCAGCUGGCCUGCUACCCACAGCCCCUCCUGCGCUCCUUCUUGCUCAGCACCAACAUGGUCUUCCAGCCCAGCGUGAAGUCCCUCCUGCAGGUCCUGGGCUCCGUGAAGAACAAGAUUGAGCGCUUUGCAGCCAACCAGGAGGACUUCCCCUCCCUGCUCUUCAAAGCCAAGAAGUACCUGAUUGCCCGGGGCAAGCUGGACUGGUCGGACACCCAGAACGCUGCCCCCUCCCUCCGCCGAUCGGAGACCCUGGUGAAGAGCCGGAAACCGUCCAUCGGGGAGCUGAUCAUGCGCCACACCAACAGCCCCACGCGGGCACGCCAGGCGGCCCAGCUGGCCCUGCAGCACAUGCGGGAGGGGCAGGUGAUGCACGCCCUGGCGGGGGCCUCCCUCUUCCGCACCUCGGCAGAGAAGCAGAGCGAGGCACUGCGCGUGAAGAACGCCGUCUACUGCGCCGUCAUCUUCAGCGAGUUCCUCAAGGAGCUGGCGGCCAUAUCCCAGGCCCACGCCGUCACCUCCCCCUUCCUGCUGGAGCCCCCCGAGGAGUGACCGGGCU